UCAGCAGCUCCCGUCAUGUUCAACUACCUGGCAGUGGAGGUGAGGCCCCAGUUCCACCGCAGCCACGGGGGCCAGCAAGGGGUGUCUGGGCCGCUGAAGAGCCGCCUGGAGCAGCUGAAGAAGCCGUGGUGGAGGGAGCCCAGCCCGCUGGUGCUGCAGCACAGCGAGACGGCCAGGCUGGCCAUCGACGCCUUCCUGGAGCAGGGCGAGCGCGGCUACCUGGGCGCCAUCGCCGAGGAGCGGGAGCUGCCUUUUCUCUCCGCCCUGGACAUGGAGUACAUGACGCAUCAGAGAAACCAGAGCUUUGCAGAUCCAGGGGCAGUGAAGGACAAAGAGGCCGCUGACGGCGCAGACGCUGCAGACGGGGCCUCCCUCAGCUCCGAGCUAACGUCCGGUACCUACUUCCCGCUCAUGUCCGACGUGCACCCCCCUGAGCUGGAGCUGGGCUGGCCGGCGCCGCCGCUGCUCGCCGUGUCUGGCCACACUCAGGCCACUGUGGUUUUCCAAAGAAACAGGGCGACCAGCAUUAAGGAUUUGCUGCGGUCUGUGAUCAGCCGGGCACGGACGGUGAUAGCAAUUGUGAUGGAUCUGUUUACAGACAUGGAAAUCAUGUGUGACCUGCUGGAGGCCUCAAGCAGACGGCACGUCCCUGUCUACCUGAUCCUGGAUGAAGAGCACCUGAAGCAUUUUGUGGAAAUGUGCAAUAAAAUGACUCUUACUCAGGACAGCUUCCCAAACAUGCGUGUAAGAUGUCUGAGCGGAGACACCUACUACAGCAAAGCAGGCAAGAAGUUUGCAGGCCGACUUCUGGAGAAGUUCAUCCUGGUUGAUUGUGAUCAAGUUCUUGCUGGUACAUACAGUUUCACCUGGCUUUGCAGCCAAGUCCACACCAGCCUGGUGACCCACUUCCGUGGCCAAAUCGUUGCAGAGUUUGACAAGGAAUUCCGGUACUUGUAUGCAGAGUCCAAGGCAGUGACCAGCUUCUGUGUGCCAGACCCUGGGACGUGCCCCUCUUCUCACAACACCUCAAAAGUUGUCCACUCCCUUUUAAAACCCACACAGGGAAAUGAUGCUGAAACCUUGAGUCCCUCCAGCAGCCUUUCCAAUGUAAGCAUCAGAAGCAUAAAGGUUUCUCCCUUUCUGAAAACCUCUAGCUGCAAUGUACAGCAGGAAAAGCAAGAUCCAAGCUCUGAUUGUAGUAAUAAGAAGGGCAAGGAAGACACAGCUCUGAAAGCCACUUGCCUUAAGCAGCAAGGAGAACCACCAGAUGCAGCAAACAGUCCUCCAAGUAAGUCCACCUCGGCCUUGUAUCACAAAUCAAAUCCCGUGACAGCAAGGACAUUCUUGCAGCCAGAGCCUUCCCCUGCCCUGAGCUCCAAUAAAUGUGGCUAUCAAGGGGACAGUAAGGCUAACAGCAGCCACUGCUCCCCACUAAGGCAGGAGCAGACAUCACAGUCCCCUGCGGAGAGUGCUGGGAGCAACGGGACAAGCUUGAAACAGAAAGGGCCUGCUGCUCCCCCCAGGGAAGGGCCAGCAGAAAAUGACACCACAGCUUAUGGGAUGGAGAAAAGAGAGAGUCCUGGACAAGGGAAAUUGGACCUGCUGUCCCCAUACAGCCAGCUAAAGCGAAAUAAAAAGCCUGUAGUUCCUUGCUACGACAAACUCCCUGAAGACAUGCUGAUGGAAAAGAGCAGCACGUACGAGCCCGAGAAGAGGAUGACCCUGGGGCACAGUAAGCUGGAUCUGAUCACCAAGUACAACAAGUUAAAGUCUAAACAUAUCCACAGUCGGUUUGAACUCUGACCCAGGCCCCAAGGUGUCCUUAGGUCUCACUUUCAAGUGGUUGCUUUUCCCCAACAAUCAUAAGAUCUGGGGCUUGAAUUCAAAAUUGGUGGCAAAUUAGUCUUGUUCCUGUUGGAAGGUGUCUGUGCUGUUUCUCAUACAUGCAGGUGCCUGUUUCAGAUGAGAUGAGCAAGUACAGUUCAGAUUUUCAAUGAUGUAAACACACUCCACACUCCUACAUUCCUUUUACCCAUCUGGGAGAGAAUCAUUUCCCCACCAGCUUGCAGCAAGUCCAUUGCUACAGCUGGAAACUGUUUGGUCCCCGAGGUCUUUGGGCUGAACCCAGGUUCUCUUUGUACCGAGCGAUUCCAGUGCUGCAAACAAAAUGGUCAAAGGCAGGGGAACGUUGCUAUGAAUAAAAGAGCUGUU